UUGCUUGUGGUGCUGGGUUGGGUCGGGUCUGGUCUGGUCAGAUCCUGCGGGGACGCAAGAAAGGUUGCUUUCCGGCCGGAAAGGAAAGCCGCGAGACCCCUGUGAUCCCAAUUAACCACCCAACCGCGACGCCCCAAAACGGUAAACUCCAAAACCGCCGUCACCCACUCCGUCCGCCACGCCCGUCGCCGCCGCUGCCCCGAUGCCUCCCACGCCGCCGGAGCCCGAUACGGAUCCGGAGUUCGCCGAGGUCGACCCCACCGGCCGCUACGGACGGUACACGGAGGUUCUUGGCAAGGGCGCCUUCAAGACGGUAUACAAGGCUUUUGAUCAAUUGGAAGGGCUAGAAGUUGCUUGGAACCAGAUCAAAGUGGGUGACUUACUUCGGAACAAUGAUGAUUUUGAGAGGCUGAAAUCAGAAGUGCGUUUGCUCAAGACCCUCAAGCACAAGAACAUAAUCAAGUUCUACAAUUCAUGGCUUGAUAGGAAAAACAACAACAUAAAUUUCAUCACAGAAGUCUUCACAUCAGGGACAUUACGCCAGUACCGCAUAAAGCACAAGAAGGUAGACAUUAGAGCUUUGAAGAAAUGGUCAAGGCAAAUCUUGAGUGGUCUUUUCUACCUCCAUAGCCACGAUCCACCAGUAAUCCAUAGAGACUUGAAAUGCGACAAUAUAUUUGUGAAUGGGAACCAAGGUGAGGUAAAGAUUGGAGACCUCGGAUUAGCAGCCAUCCUGGAUAAUGCACGUUCAGCUCAUAGUAUCAUUGGUACACCCGAAUUCAUGGCACCAGAACUCUAUGAUGAGGAAUAUAAUGAGCUUGUGGACAUCUAUGCAUUUGGGAUGUGUUUACUGGAGCUUGUUACAUUUGAGUACCCAUAUUGUGAAUGUUCUAAUGCAGCACAAAUAUACAAGAAAGUCUCCGAUGGUGAAAAGCCUGGUUCGCUGGCUAAGAUUGAGGAUCCUGAAGUGAAAUUAUUUAUAGAGAAGUGCAUCGCCAAUGCCCCCCAAAGACUCUCAGCAAAAGAACUAUUAAUGGAUCCGUUUCUCCUAGAUGUUGAUGAUGAAAGAAUAUUUUAUCCACUGCAUCCAAAUAUUAAUACAUCAGCAGAUACUGCUGGAAGUCCAAAACCAACUUCGAGUUACAGAUAUGACAGAGCAUCGUCAUCUGUGGGCCACCAUGAGCGCUCAGGUAGUAUGGCAGAGUCACAUCCUAGUGAAAACUAUGCACAUGAUACCAUGGAUCCACAUGCUGCCACUGGUCGAAUUAUCACAGUUGAGAGCCAACGGAAGGAUUUGAAUACAAUAUUUUUGAAACUGCGGAUAGCCGAUUCUACAGGUCACGCCCAAAACAUCCACUUCCCUUUUGAUAUUGAAGCUGACACUUCGAUCAGUGUUGCAACCGAGAUGGUCGUGCAGCUGGAUCUCACAGACCAAGAUGUUACGGCAAUUGCAGAAAUGAUAGAUGCUGAAAUUCGUGCGCAUAUACCUGAUUGGGCAGCAGAGGAAUCAGUUGAUAACCAAGGGGAUGAAGCUGCUCAUUCCGAGACCCAGAGUUCAGACGCCGAUGAGGGAAGUUCCGAAUCGCACAAUGAGCCUGAUGCUGCGCAUAAUGGCUUUGUUCAAGAGCAGCUUCCCUCUGGGCGGAAGUACUGGUCGGACUCACCCAGGAGAGACAGUGAAAUAUCUCAAUCAGUGGUGGACCCACAAGCGAGUGAUAAUAUUUCAAAUGGAAUAGUGAAUAGGAAUGAUGUUGAUGACAUUGUCGGCAGUGCAAAACAUAAGGAGAACCAUUACCUUGGCGCUUCCAUCCACUCCGUGGAAGGUAUCUGUGAGCGAAUAUCCUCAUCUGUGGGCUUGUCAAACCCAUCUGUAGUCGACAGGAUAUCUGGAGGAGUUUCUGUUGGUACUAGCCAACACUCUGUUGAUGUUGAGCGGAGAUACAUUUCAGCAGAUGUUACUGAGAGUUUAGCAAGCCUGUUGGCUCGGCAGCAAGAGGAGACCAAUGCACUGCAAAGGAAGCAUAAGGCAGACAUUGAAGACAUCUUGAAAGGUGUACCUGCAGAGGAUCGUGAAGAAACCUUGACUAGGUGCCGCUUGAAGGUGGAUCGGAAAAACAAAACUGACAAACUUUAGCCAAACUGUUUCCUGUGCAUCUUCGUUGUGUGUUUUUAGAUUUAUACAAGCACCAAGGAGUUCUUUGGAAUUGUUGUUGUUCAAAAGAGGAUCUUUCUGUGCAAAAAGGUAGUCCCAGCCUUUUCACUGUUCUUUUUUUAUAUAAUGGAGAAGCUGGAAGACUGACCAAGCACUAUGAUAGUAAUCAAAGUGUGUGGAGGUUUUUGAAGGCAAGCGAAGGUUUCUGCUCACCAGAUGAAGUAUGCAGAGACCAUUAUGGUGCUGUAUGCCUGAAUUGUUCAUAAGUAGUGCCUCCCUUUUUCUUUUUUAUGUUUUUGUACUUUGACUUGUUAAGGAUAUACGUCAGUGUUUGAGCUGUUGCAAACUUGGAAUGACAAACUUAAUGUUCAAUUAUUUCCAUGAUGUUUUGGAUCA